CCCCCUCCAAUCCAGCAGGGGCAGCAGUGCGCGCGUCACGUCGAGCAAAGUCCCAUUCAGCAUCUGGCUGAGAGUACAACUCUUCAUCUUCGACAAACCGAAACUUAACUGCUGGCGAACGAUAUUAUUUAUUUAAAAAUUGGCUCUCAGAGGUAGCAGAAGUUUUGGUUUCGUUUCUCACUCGCCCACGACACUAAAGUGAACUUACUAAACUUCCUGACUAAAGAAUGGACUCUUUAAGACAGAGACGCAGGAGAGAGAUAGACGAAGCUCUCAGAUUCAUGCAGUCUUCUCUAGCUUUUCCAGACCCUAAAGGCUACCAGGACUUCCUGGUCAAGUUGGUGUGCAACCUUCUCAACGAGGGCAACUGUUGCUUCUCAGAUGGCUUGGAGAAUCAAGCCGUGAAGGAUUUCAGCGAAGGCUUGAGUGUUUACCACUACGCCUCGGCAGAAGGGAUCCAGAUCCCCCAGGCUUUACUGGAGAGUCUGUACUUCAACCGGGCCACCGCCUACCACAGCAUGAGUCAAUAUAAUGAAGGUGUGAAGGACUGUGACAAAGCCCUGGAAGUUUGUGAAGAAAAACAGCGGGCGCUCUACUUGAAGGCGCUCUGCUUGAAGCAGCUUGGCAAGCACAAGGAGGCGUACGACUGCACCAGUGCCUGCAUGCUCACCACACAUCAGGUAAAGGCGUACGACUGCACCAGUGCCUGCAUGCUCACCACACAUCAGGUAAAGGCGUACGACUGCACCAGUGCCUGCAUGCUCACCACACAUCAGGUAAAGGCGUACGACUGCACCAGUGCCUGCAUGCUCACCACACAUCAGGACAAACGCGUGAAGGAACUUGCCGAGGAACUUGCCAACCACCUGGGACUGAAAAAACGAAAGCCCUAUGUGGCUGCUAAUAACAUGAAGUCUUUGAGUGGACCUGCGGCAGUCAGUUUACCCAGUAUGCCUCAAGCAGAGCCUCCUGUUAAAACCAAUAACGGGGCGGCCGGAAGCCUGGACACUUUGGACGACUGCCUGCUGAUUGGAGACGACUUGGACAGCCUGCUGGACUCCAUCCCUAAUGAGCAUGCUCAGAUGGCCGUUCUAGAAGGAGCGUCCCCUGCCAGCAGAGAAAGCCCCUUGGUGCUGCCCGCUCCCACGCCUCAUCUCCCUCCAGCCUUCUUCAGCUCAGGCUCCAAUUCACCCGGUGCUCACAAGUUGCUGGACGCCCUGGAUGACCUCUGCCCUCCCCCGGGUGGGUGUGGCGGUGCUCCGAGCCUGAAUUCCAAAGCGCUGCACUCGCUGGGCGACGACUCCAACCUUCCCCGGUGUGCCCAUCCGUCCAGAACGGACCCGGAGGAGCGAGAGAAGUCGCUCGACGAUUUGCUCAGCGAGCUUCACCCUGUGGGCGUCACUUCUGCUUCUGGUGUGGACCUGCUGGACUCCCUUGACUCCCUGGAUUUGUUUCCCUCGGUGAAAGAUGGUCCUUUGCCCGCCCUCCCCCAGGUGGGAGCAGGCCUGGACCAGCUCUGCAACUUCAGCUCCUCUGCCCUCCCAAGCUCUCACGGCGUGCUUCCUCCCAUCAAGCCACCCCUGAGGAGCAAGAAGAGACAGAGCAGUACGUGUUUUUCACUCUGCAACCCUCUGGCAGCCACGCAUGAGUUCAUGCAGGCCUGCUCGGCCUGCUUCCCUCGCCUAGGUCAAGGGAUAUUCACCUUUGUCCACAAGGCCGACCUGGUCCACAGUUGUGAGCGAGACAUUCUCUUGUGCAGACGAAAGGCGGCUUUGCCCACGGACUGGACCAGAGUGCGACAGCCGCCGACGUGGACCUCCUUCACAGCGCCCUUUGUUCUUUGCAGAGAGCUGCUGAAGUCCGGCGACAUAGGCCUGUGCAAGUUUGGUGAAAAGUGCACCUUCGCCUUCAACCAACUGGAAAUUGAGGUGUGGACAGAGGAGAGGAAGGGCACGCUGGAUAGAAACCUGCUCUUUGGACCAUCCCAGACCCUCAGGAUGGACCCUGCCAGCAGCAUCCUUCACCUCAUGCAGGAGCACAAGGGCAUGUUCCUGUUCCUCUGCCAGGAAUGUUAUGACAGUAAACCUCGGAUCAUCAGUACACGCUGCAGAGAAAAGCCCACCCUGUGCUCCCACAUGGAAGCCCACCACUCUUUUGAUGCCAACAAGUGUUUAGCUUUUGUGGUAAGGACCACCAACGUCAACUACAGAAAAAUACGUCCCCUGGGCGUGUUGGCCCACUUUGCAUUGUGUCCCCAAGUCUUCCAUUACGGCUGCCGGAGGGAGGACAGCUGCCAGUACGCUCACUCCCUCAUAGAGCUCCAGACCUGGAGGGUGCAACAGGACACAGGUAUGAGCCCUGAUGAGAUGGUGAAAGUAUCAAGUAACUACCAGCAGCAGCAGCAAGAAGAGAAGACAUUUAGUAGAUGUCCUGCUGCGACUGAGGGUGAGAGGAGAGCGAGAGGCAGCCAUGUAAACAUGAAGAUGAACUUUGCCUGUGCUCAGUGCUGGCGAGGAGGCAACAUGAUCCUGCCAGACAAAACCCUCAAGUACUGCAGUGCCAAGGCCAAACACACGUGGACCAAGGAGCAGAAUAUGCUUCUCGUCAAGACCUUGGACAAAAAUAAAUGGGUUCCGGUCCGACCACUGCCGCAUACCCCCAAGAACUGCCCUGCACAAUAUGAAAUGUGCAAGCAGAUACUGGAGAGAAGGAAAUGUAACUACAGUGGGAGUUGCACCUUCGCCCACAGCCAGGAGGAAAAGGACAUGUGGAUGUACAUGACAAGACAAGACAUACGGGACAUGCAGCAGAUGUACGACAUGUGGCUGACCCUAAGCACCUCCAGUCGUCAAGCAGACGGAGCUAUGAUCACCCAGUCUGCCCAGGAGGAGAAAUACAUCAUCAUGCCAACGGACUAUGCUGAGCCAAUGAGUGGCUUCUACUGCCGCCUGUGUGGCAAACACAGCAACAGCCAGCGUCAGUGGCAGCAGCACAUCUCCACCUUGAAGCACAGGGAGCGAGUCUUCAGCUGCCCGGACCAGGACCAGACUUUCACCUGGAACUACCGCUUCCCUGCUCCUCGCUUCCAGCUCUGCUCCAACUCUGAAAAUGACUGCCCAGACGGUGCCAGCUGUGACUCCGCCCACAGUCCCGAGGAGCUGCAGGAGUGGCUGGAAAGGCGGGAUGUCCUGCGUCAGAGGUUGGUCCAAGCCAGGGAAGACCUGCUCAUCAUGCCCGAUGAGUUUGACUUUGGGAAGUACAACUUUCUACUUGGAGAGUCUGACCAACCAUCACCUUGAUGUCUUCUUGUUGACCUGCACACCUUCUAUCACACACCUUGAUGUCUUCUUGUUGACCUGCACACCUUCUAUCACACACCUUGAUGUCUUCUUGUUGACCUGCACACCUUCUAUCACACACCUUGAUGUCUUUUUGUUGACCUGCACACCUUCUAUCACACACCUUGAUGUCUUCUUGUUGACCUGCACACCUUCUAUCACACACCUUGAUGUCUUUUUGUUGACCUGCACACCUUCUAUCACACACCUUGAUGUCUUUUUGUUGACCUGCACACCUUCUAUCACACACCUUGAUGUCUUCUUGUUGACCUGCACACCUUCUAUCACACACCUUGAUGUCUUCUUGUUGACCUGCACACCUUCUAUCACACACCUUGAUGUCUUCUUGUUGACCUGCACACCUUCUAUCACACACCUUGAUGUCUUCUUGUUGACCUGCACACCUUCUAUCACACACCUUGAUGUCUUCUUGUUGACCUGCACACCUUCUAUCACACACCUUGAUGUCUUCUUGUUGACCUGCACACCUUCUAUCACACAUCUGCUGACAGAUCUUUUUUUCCAUGCACAUCAUUUCUAAUGUCAUUUUAUGAGGGAAUUUCAACCCUUGCUAUCACGUCACUGACAUGUUUUCUUCUUGGUCCAACCGUGUUGUUUACCACCAUGAUGCUUCUAUGAAGGGAUCUUGUACUGUGUUGUUUACCACCAUGAUGCUUCUAUGAAGGGAUCUUGUACUGUGUUGUUUACCACCAUGAUACUUCUCUGAAGGGAUCUUGUACCGUGUUGUUUACCACCAUGAUACUUCUUCUGCUUCAAUGAAGGGAUCUUGUACCGUGUUGUUUACCACCAUGAUACUUCUCUGAAGGGAUCUUGUACCGUGUUGUUUACCACCAUGAUACUUCUUCUGCUUCAAUGAAGGGAUCUUGUACCGUGUUGUUUACCACCAUGAUACUUCUCUGAAGGGAUCUUGUACCGUGUUGUUUACCACCAUGAUACUUCUUCUGCUUCAAUGAAGGGAUCUUGUACCGUGUUGUUUACCACCAUGAUACUUCAAUGAAGGGAUCUUGUACCGUGUUGUUUACCACCAUGAUAUUUCAAUGAAGGGAUCUUGUACCGUGUUGUUUACCACCAUGAUACUUCUUCUGCUACUACUAAGGGAUCUUGUGCACUCUGACUGUGUUUUGUCCAAGUCACGGUCCACCUGAAGAAUUUAAGACUCUUUCAUUGUAAAUAAAUGUGUUUUAAUUUUGACAUAGAA